UGAUUCUUCUCCUUCCUCCCCAAAACGCCAACAAAACCAACAAAAUCUUCACCUUUUAUCUAUCACCAGACAAAUCAAGCCUUCAUCACAGUGAUUUCGUGCACUCUCCGCUGAUCCUAUUACGGUAUUAGUGAAUAUCAGUAAGACGCAGCAAACAUUGAUGGCACAUUUUCUUUCAACUUCGUGCUCUCUAAAUUUUUCCUCUGGUUGUAGACCUUACACUACUAAACCAUUGAUCCAAGACUCGUUGGUAUUUCCUACCUCUUUAGCUUUUCAGACUUCUAAAACCCCAUUUGGAAGGCUUCUCUUGCAAGGGGGGAGGUCACAAAGUACUUGCACAGUGCACGCAAACACACUCUCUCCAAGUAGGGAAGCCCCAAAGGAACCGAGCUAUGGCGUCAAUGAGAGCUCUGGGGGAGCAUCUAAAUCACAGCGGGUAAUGGUCAUUGGUGGAGAUGGCUACUGUGGUUGGGCCACAGCCCUUCACCUAUCCAAGAAAGGUUAUGAGGUUGCCAUUGUUGAUAGCCUGGUACGCCGUCUCUUUGACCACCAGCUUGGUCUUGAUUCCCUGACUCCAAUCUCCUCCAUCCAUGAUCGCAUCCGUUGCUGGAAAUCUCUCACUGGAAAAGCCAUUGAACUCUACAUUGGUGAUGUUUGUGAUUUUGAGUUCUUAUCAGAAGCCUUCAAGUCAUUUGAGCCUGAUUCUGUUGUUCAUUUUGGGGAACAGCGGUCUGCUCCUUACUCCAUGAUUGAUCGGUCAAGAGCAGUAUUUACACAGCAAAACAAUGUGAUGGGAACACUGAAUGUUCUCUUUGCUAUAAAAGAGUAUAGAGAGGAGUGUCAUCUAGUGAAGCUUGGGACCAUGGGAGAAUAUGGGACUCCAAAUAUUGAUAUUGAAGAAGGUUACAUAACAAUUACUCAUAAUGGAAGAACAGAUACUUUGCCCUACCCCAAGCAAGCAAGCUCUUUCUACCAUUUGAGUAAGGUUCAUGAUUCAAAUAAUAUAGCCUUCACUUGCAAGGCUUGGGGGAUUAGAGCCACUGACCUAAACCAAGGAGUGGUAUAUGGGGUGAGAACGGAUGAAACCGAGAUGCAUGAAGAGCUCAGCAACAGGUUUGAUUAUGAUGGAGUGUUUGGAACUGCAUUAAACCGGUUCUGUGUUCAGGCUGCUGUUGGUCAUCCACUUACUGUGUAUGGCAAAGGGGGUCAGACCCGGGGAUAUCUUGACAUCCGAGAUACGGUUCAGUGUGUUGAGAUUGCCAUUGCAAAUCCAGCAAAGGCUGGUGAGUUUAGGGUCUUCAAUCAAUUUACUGAGCAGUUCUCUGUCAAUGAACUUGCUGCGCUUGUCACAAAAGCGGGAGAAAAGCUUGGACUUGAUGUGCAAACCACAUCUGUGCCAAACCCAAGAGUUGAAGCAGAGGAGCACUACUACAAUGCGAAACACACCAAACUUAUCGAGUUGGGACUUAAACCUCACCUUCUCUCAGACUCUCUUUUGGAUUCAUUGCUCAAUUUUACUAUCAAGUACAAGGAUCGUGUUGACACAAAGCAAAUAAUGCCCAGUGUUUCUUGGAGAAAAAUGGGGGCUAAGCCGAGAACUGUUACAGCGUAGUUGAGUGGGGUAGUGUAAAUGUGAUAAAUAGUUGUAUACGUGUUUGAGGACGUUAUAGAUCUGCAUGCCUUUGCCUCUGUUUUUAGUUGGUUAUUAGGUCAUUUUUACUUCUUCUACCUUUUUUACAUAAACGUGAUAUAUGAUUGCUCAGUUGCAAUCUAAGAACUGGUGAGUUUCAAAUAA